CUGUUGUUUAGGUGGUUGUACUUUCGCCAUCUUUGUCCUACUCGUUUGACUCAUUCUCACACAGUAGUCCUAUGGCUGACGAAGCUGAGCUUUUGGAUUACGAAGAUGAAGAGCAAGAAACAGUUCAAGAGGCAAGACCUAAUGGAGAAGCUACAGCAAAGAAAGGUGUCAAAGGGGCAUACGUCACCAUACACAGUUCGGGAUUCCGUGAUUUCAUUCUCAAGCCGGAAUUAUUAAGAGCCAUCGUUGAUUGUGGCUUCGAACAUCCAUCUGAAGUUCAACAUGAAUGUAUACCUCAAGCCAUUUUAAGUAUGGAUGUACUGUGCCAAGCAAAGUCUGGGAUGGGCAAGACUGCCGUAUUCGUCAUAGCUACACUACAACAGCUCGAUCCCGAAGGAGAAGCCAAUACAACUGUUCUAGUCCUCUGUCACACAAGAGAACUUGCUUUCCAAAUAAGUAAAGAAUACGAACGAUUCUCUAAAUACAUGCCAAAGAUAAAGGUAAGAAGUGAGUACUAUAUUUUACCUUGAAGGUGGGUGUGUUCUUUGGUGGGAUGCCAAUACGUAAGGAUAUUGAAACACUAACAAAAUCUCCCGUUCACAUCGUUGUGGGGACUCCUGGUCGUAUUCUGGAUCUAGUGAGGAGUAAAACAUUAAAGCUACAACAUGUCAAACACUUCAUCAUUGAUGAAUGUGAUAAAAUGCUGGAUACGCUCGAUAUGCGGCGUGAUGUUCAAGAAAUAUUCCGCAUGACUCCACAUCAAAAACAAGUCAUGAUGUUUAGCGCAACCAUGAGCAAAGAAAUACGCCCUGUUUGCAGAAACUUCAUGCAAGACCCGUUGGAAAUAUUUAUCGAGAAUGACUCGAAGUUGACUUUGCAUGGUCUACGGCAGCAUUAUGUUAAAGUCAAGGAAAAUGAGAAAAACAGAAAGCUUUUUGAGCUUCUUGAUGAACUGCAGUUCAACCAGGUAAGCUUUGGAAAUGAUGUUUGCCAUGCUAAUACUGAUGUGGGCUAGUGCCUGAUCACAUGCGUUUAAGCGCUUUUUUUCUGAAAUACCCUUUAAAGCUGUUCAUAUCGCUUUAGGUUAUAAUCUUCGUCAAAUCCGUUCAACGAUGUAUGGCUUUGGCUCAGUUACUGGUCGACCAGAACUUCCCCGCGAUUGCAAUGCACCGUAAUAUGGCUCAGGAAGAACGUUUGGAACGUUAUCAAGCAUUUAAGAACUUUCAGAAACGUUUACUAGUGGCUACCAAUCUCUUCGGUCGAGGUAUGGACAUUGAACGUGUCAAUAUCGUCUUCAACUAUGAUAUGCCAGAAGAUUCCGACACCUACCUUCACAGAGUACGUUAGCAGUUCGAAAGUAAAGUAAUUCUGAUUUAGGUUGCUCGAGCUGGUCGUUUCGGAACUAAAGGAUUAGCCAUAACCUUCAUAUCAGAUGAAGUCGACGCGAAGGUACUCAACGAAGUACAAAAUCGUUUUGAAGUUAAUAUCAGCGAGCUUCCUGACGUUAUGGAAAUAUCCAGCUACAUGGAAGACCGAUAAUUUGUAUUUACCUGUACAUUGUUUCUACUUUGUCUAUAUUUCAAAUGCAAGUAUUUAUCAACCUAUGGUCUUUCCAUCAGGAAUUCUCUUCUUAAAUCUUAAGCUAGUUUUGGUUCGAAGUGCCAAAGUAGGAACUAAAUUAGAAAUCCAAACGAUUGCAAGUUUUGAGCCCCACCCGAGUAAACUACAUACGGUAAAGCAAUAGUAGCUUAUGAAUACAUCCACGAGUAUUCCGAUAUGCUUGACUACAUGGUUCCAUUUGUUUAUCGAGUAUACAAGAGGCUUGUUACUUUAAAUCAUCGUCAGUGAGGCAUCGCACACCCAUCAGGUUGGCCUUGCUCUUGUCGCUCCAAGGAUGGUGCUAUCCGGCUCUGCUGUGCUUGUUGCCGGUCAUCGACUGGGUCCUAGGGAUCUGACGAACACAAGUCACUCUUUAGGUUUAACAGUAUCCUGCCAUCCACGGUGGCUGUGUGCAGUUAUAUGAAUUCGGUCGGCGUUGGUCUUUAAACUUUUCUUGACACUCAGGAUUUGCUGCAUGCAGUACGUUUUGGUUAUGGUGGGAGACCCGUGGCCUAUUCACUUUGGGCGGAACGUUAACACGAUUGGCUGGUCAUAUCUUGAUGUUAUCCCUUGUAUGUAGAUGUUGGGUUCGGUUGAUUGAACUGAUUCCCAUUGUUAGUAGGCUGCAAAUGUUUCCUGUGAGGCAUUUACGGCACUAGUCCUACGGGUCUCGCGCCAGACUAGCAGGUGCCAAUUGGUGGGUAGGGUCCGAUCUGUUAGGGCUUCAAGCAGUGACCUGAAGUAGCUGUAGGACUAACACCGAUAGGUUUGUAGUGGUAACGUGGGCGAACAUGUCUCUUAACAUCCGUUUCAUUGGUUAUCUAGACUUUGCUCAUGUUACUUCGAAUGGUGAGAAUCCAUCUUAAUUCAGUCUCCCUGUGUUUCUGGGAGGAUUAUGUCAACCGACGGUGAUUUUUCCUAUAUAAGGUGCCGUCGGUUCGUCGCACUCCUAUUAACCUUACUAGUUGCAUGAGUGGUGUUUUGUGUGGAACCAAGUAACUGCAGUCGUGCGCAUACAAAAGGACGUCAAGAGUAGUGUUCUUACCACCACUGAGGAAAACUGUAGAAAGGUUUAUAACCAAGAAUAUUUCCAGUUGUCUCGUACAACGAAUGCAUCGUGUAGUUUUAAGGGGUGUUAUUAUCCGUAAGAUUAUUGCGUGGGUCGUUACGUAUUAGUCGAAUAUUGGUAGGAUUAGUACUGCCUCUCCUGUGUUACACGUACUUCAAGAGGUUCGAAACACGAACCGUAGGGUAUAUUUCAGUUCAAAUUACAUUUCCUGAUCCUCAAUCCGAUCCUAUAGACACCAAAUGGUUACAUUUAUCUCAUCAGCUUCGUUUACCUGGUACAAAUAAUGCAGCAGAUGGUCCGUCGUGUUUUUUGAUCAACGUUGCGUGGUCAUCAAUACUAAUAAGCUUACGUUUAAGGGUUUGGUCGUAGGAAUUUACUUCCAGAUGUAAUCGCCCUCAUCAAUGAGUUUAGGUAUCUGCCAAUCUCAAAACAAUUUAGUUUUUAUUUUCAAGUUUCAUUGGAAUUGUAAAAAUCUAGUUAUUACUGUAAGGGUUCGGGGAGAUUACGGGAUCUCAUAACUGGCAUCAUAAAUUGAUCUAAUCUAGUAAAGCAGUGAAAGUCAAAACAGCGAGUAGCUGUUUCGUCGUCAAGGUUCUAGGUCCAAUCAGCUUUUGGGUCGUGGAUGUUUGGCGCUGCGAAGUAUUGUAGUAGAACGAAACGGAUGUUCGGUGGUUAUUUAGUCAGUAAGUUCACGAUUUAAAUUACAAAGUUAGCUAUUUUAUGUCUGAGACUUCUUAAGAAAUAUAUCUAGAUAGGAAUGUUCUGUCUACAGCUGAAAUAAUGCUCACAGUUUUCCAGAUUUGACUCUUAUAACAUGACAAGAUCAUACUAAUUGUCUUCCUUUCUUUACCUUCAUUUUUUGUGUGAGUUGAUUUAUUAAAUAAACUUAAUAUAGUAACGAUGGCUUAUAAGAUAAUUAGGUUUCUUUCCGUGUACUCUGGUCUAUAAAGUAAACAAUGAUGUAACAAUAAGUCUGUUUACGUUAAUCAUAUAGUCGUGGUAGCAGCCAAUGGCUCCCACACUGGAUGCUUGUAUCCACACGUCUUGUAAGAUGUCCAGCGUUUAUUAGGUUCCCUAAUUUCCUUUGAAUAGGAUUGUUAUUAUUUACAGUUCCACUGAGAUUUUAUGUUAUGUUUGGUAAACUAAUUCAUUGUUCAGUCGUUGCUGUGCUUGUUAACUGGAUACAUUUUUGUGUUUAUUUGUCCAGUGAUUUUAUAAUUGUGUUUUUACCCAGCGACUUCCCUGUUUGUGUGCUUAGUCAAUGUUUAUUUUCAUAAAUAAUACAACCAGUUAUCAUAGUUUCCAAGUGAGUGUACCACUAAUAACUAACAGUCUAAACCCACAGCCUGUCAAAGCAUCGAACCCAAAACAUUCAGGUGUCAAGUUGGGCCCCAUACCAGAACGAACCAUCUAUUUAGUAUUAUCUGGUUCUCAAUGACAUCCCAACUGAGAUCAAUCUGUGAAGAAUACAAUCUACAAAUCAGACCAAUUUUCGCAAGACCUUCGAGUGAUAUUUCUGAUUGUUGUACAUAUAUCCUACUCGUUUAUAUUUCCAGUUUUAUGAUUCAUUGGCUUUUUGCUAAAAUAAAUUGAAUUUUUUUGAAAGGUUAAUUUCUAGUCAACUGAACAACAUUCCGUUCUUCUCUAUUCUGUAUAAAUCAUUUUAAAAAAAAUAAAAAGGUAAAUCAACAAUAUUUACAGAAUAAAUGAAUUCAUUGUACUACAAGUGAGUUUUUAUCAACUACAAAGAUACUAUUCCUCUAUAGUUGAUUCCAAUAUCAACAUGGAGUGAGAAAAUAUGAUUUCUCUAUUAACUUCAUGCAUACUGAUAGACUUGUAUCUUGAGCCCACGCCUCCGAACAUCCCCGUCUGGUACCGUCGACUUCAGUCAAGUUUGGCGAAAGCUGGACUGAUCACCCACGCUCUUGUCAACGCACCCAGUCGAUAUUUUGGUUUCGAAUGUUUGGCAUACGCUUGGUCUCGAACUUGGUCGUUAUGGUCGCUUCUGGUUCCUCGGCUCAACGUGGUUUCGUCCUACGUCUGCAGUGUUUCCGGUCCGCAUCCCUACGAACGCAGUCUUCAGAUUCUGGAUACAAACAACUCUGAUGUGGUAUGCCAACCCGAGCAACAAAUACAACACACCGCUUCUGGUACCGUUAUCCGAAAAGGACCUUCGUUGGCAACUCGACGAUCAAUGAUCGCUUUCCUGUUCGGCCAAUUCUUCCGUCCUACAAUCGCUCGUCAGCCAAUCAGUCCCACGAUUCAAACCGCUACUUAUCGAAAGUGUAAACCCUUUCUAGCGGGGGGCUCCUGUAGUGACUUACUUUCACCACAAGAACACGAUUGAUUUAAUGAAAACAAUUAUUAUUAUAACCAAUUGUACCUGUGCUUGUUUUAAUGUACUUCUGUUUAACUGUGCUAAUGACAUCCAUAUUACUACUCCAUUACUCCUCAUUACUUUUUUCCGCGGAUUGUGACAUCGUACGUUCGUACUCUUACCCGCUGAUUUCACUUGUACUUCUUUUGGCACGAUCUUGGUAUUCGUUCGAUACCACGAGAUCGCCAACGAAAUAAAUCUGGUUACGUUCAAUCUUCGCCUUCUGAUUUGUUUGGCACUUGUUUCCUUGUAGUGGUGUUCAUAGUCAAUCUCUACUCGACUCCAUGUUACAGACUUAACC